CACUCAGUUUCAUUCACUGUGCAAUACGGACAUACGACAUCAUUUAUAGUCGAACAGGAACAGUCGCCGUUCGCACUAUAACUAAAUUCAUUCAGAACAAUCGUCAACAUACAUAUGAUCGUUUAACUUGAUCGCUUAUUUGUUGAUCGUCUGAAUUACAGUUUAGUUCCGAGUUAUAUCAACAUGGAGAACGGCCUGGAAAGCACAGGAGACAUUCGCCUGGACCAGGCUGUCACGCAGUGGCUACAGUAUGACAAGAAUCCAAAGACGGCUGCUGCUGUGCGGUCUAUGGUCAAAGAUAAAGCCAUGUCAGAGCUGCAGAAGUGUUUCGGUGCCCGUAUGGAGUUUGGCACAGCAGGACUGAGAGCCGCCAUGGGACCUGGAGUGUCCCGAAUGAAUGACCUCACCAUCAUACAGACCACGCAGGGUUUCUGUGCAUACCUGGAGCAGUGUUUUACAGAUCUGAAGCAGCGGGGGGUGGUGAUCGGGUUCGAUGCUCGCGCUAACCCCCCCAGUGGCGGCAGCAGUAAAAGAUUCGCCUGUCUUGCUGCUUCUGUCUUCAUCAGCCGAGGCGUCCCAGUCUACCUCUUCAGUGACAUCACACCCACUCCAUACGUGCCUUUUACUGUAUCACAUCUAGGACUGUGUGCUGGUGUCAUGGUAACAGCAUCCCAUAAUCCCAAACAAGAUAAUGGAUACAAGGUGUACUGGGCAAAUGGAGCUCAGAUCAUUCCUCCCCAUGAUAAAGGCAUCGCCGCAGCUAUAGAACAGAACCUUGAGCCGUGGCCUAAAUCAUGGGACACAGAAGAAGCUCUUCAGAGUUCCCUACUCAAUGACCCAUACCAGGACACACACAGAGAAUACUGCCAAACCAUACAACAGCACUGCUUUCACAGGGAGCUGAAUAAGAAUUCAGAAGUGAAGAUUGUCCAUACGUCAGUUCAUGGAGUGGGCCAUAUUUUUGUCCAGGCUGCUUUUAAGGCCUUUGACCUUCAUCCUCCAUAUGCUGUGGAAGAGCAGAAAGAUCCUGACCCAGAGUUCCCCACUGUCAAAUACCCCAACCCUGAGGAGGGAGAAGGAGUUUUGACGUUGUCCUUCGCACUUGCAGAUAAAGAGGGAGCAACUGUUAUUCUGGCAAAUGACCCUGACGCUGACCGGCUAGCUAUUGCACAGAAACAGGAGAGUGGGCAGUGGAGGGUGUUCACUGGAAAUGAGUUGGGUGCUUUGCUCGGCUGGUGGAUUUUCCAGUGCUGGAAGCAGCAGAAAGACGAGGGAAAAGCCUCCAUUAAGGAUGUCUACAUGCUAUCCAGCACUGUCUCCUCAAAAAUCCUCCGUGCCAUCGCUGUGAAAGAAGGCUUCCACUUUGAGGAAACUCUUACAGGAUUUAAAUGGAUGGGAAAUAGAGCCAGAGAGCUGCUAGACCAGGGAAAAACUGUUCUGUUUGCCUUUGAAGAAGCUAUUGGUUACAUGUGUUCCCCUGCAGUUUUGGAUAAAGAUGGUGUGAGUGCGGCUGCCAUUGCUGGCGAGUUUGUCUCUUACCUGGCUUCUAAAAAUAUAACUCUGUCCCAUCAACUCAGAUCCAUUUAUGAGGAGUAUGGUUACCACAUUUCCAAGAAUUCCUACUUUAUUUGUCACAACCAAGACACCAUUAAAGGGAUGUUUGAGCGUCUUCGAAAUUACGAUGGGAAGAAUUCGUACCCUAAAGAGUGUGGGGGCUUUGCCAUCACAGCAGUGAGAGACCUUACAACUGGCUAUGACAGCAACCAGCCGGACAACAAGGCUGUUCUGCCCACCAGUAAAAGCAGUCAGAUGAUCACCUUCACCUUUGCUAACGGGGGCGUGGCUACAAUAAGGACCAGCGGCACAGAACCUAAAAUCAAAUAUUACACAGAGCUCUGUGCUGCACCAGGAAACAGUGAUCUUAACCAGCUGAAGACUGAAUUGGAUAACUUGGUUGACGCCAUUGUGGAACACUUCUACCAACCUGAGAAAAACAACCUGACUCCUCGACCAGAGUGAAAGACGCUGUCACUCAGGUUUACAGUGAUUUACCUAAUUCUGCUAUUAGUCUUAACCAACCGCACAUAACCAGUCUUAUAAAAACUCUCAUAUUCAGAGUCUCAAUCUAAGGAGGUUUUCUAUCAACUUUCUCUUACUUUUAAUGCAGGAAAUCUAGAACAAAGCUGGUGCCACAUGAACAUACCAAUUGCCUUUUUUCGUUUAUGCACUUUUUUUACCUCUCGGUUAUGUAAUCUACAAAGUUAACAGAUUUUACUUUUCAUUUGCCUUGUUUGGCCUACUGUAGUGAACUAUGAAUGUACUAAUGUUGCAAAGAAAGUGUGAUUGAAUGAAUAUGUAGGUUAUUUAUCUCAGCAGGAAUAUUAGUUAAGUUGAUUGACAGAAAUGAUUCCAUAUUGCUGGAGCAAAGGACAAUACCGAGUUACUGUUAAAAUUGCCAGGUCAUGUCAUCUUAUACCAGCAAAAAUAGUUGUACCAAAAAAUCUUUUAAAAGAAAUUAGAGGGACCUAACAGCCUUACUGUGGAACAAACUGAAAUCUACAUUUUAGUAUUCCACGUUUAUGUGAUUCCAUUGCAUCUGUGUUCAGUGACCUGUAACUGCAUGCAAUUUGUUUGUAAAUGUUCAUUUACAUUUUGAAUGUCAAACUCAACCAGUUAGUUUGGUAAUUCAUUCAGAACUUUUAGCAGUGAGGUUGAGACUGGGAACAUAUUUGAAAGGUUUUACAUUUGAACAGAAAAGAAAAGUAUUCCUUGAACAGAUUACUGUAUGUGAGCAACCAGAUUUAUUGUGUUAAAGAAACGGUUUGUUUUUUUAGACAUCGUAUUUUGGCAAAUAGCUAUGACACUGAGAUUUAACAGAACAUGCCUUACUACAAACUCCAAAGUGGACUAUGUCAUCUAAUGUCAUCUAGUGUAAGGCUGACUACUAGCCAAACUUCCAGAUACAUGUUGAAUUUUUUUUUUUUUUUUUUUUUUUUUUUUUUUUUUAAGCGAUUUGAUAUGUUUCAGGUGCUCUUCAGUUUUAAUACUUUUCUCGCAAUGCUAUUUUUUCCCUCUAUUUUGAAUCAAUAAACAGCAAGUGGUAACAACAAAUUGGCCUUUGUCUGAGUGAGAGUGUGCAAUAAAACUGUAAAAAUAAAUAAAAUGCAUCUUUUAUAACAAAUGGAACACUUUUAUGCCUUGAUUAAACAUGUUAAUCCAACAUUCAUUGUACUUUUUUAAAAGUCACUCACAGGUCUCAUGGGUUCAUUAAAUGGUUCUUUCCUUAGGUUUAGAAAUAAACUGGAUUAUAAAAGCUGGAAGUUGCAUGUAUUAUCUGUUGAAGGCCAGCAGAGGGUAUAGUAGACUCCAAACCUUUUAUUUUAUUCUUAACAUUUGUUAAAUGCAUGUUUUUGAUUUAUCUUCAUAUUUGUUGCCCUUGUUGUCAUGUAUUUAAUGAAAUUAUGUAUUUAAUAAAAUAAUUUGUAUUA